UCGCUGUAACUGGGUUGCCAGUUUAGGGUCAGGGCUGUCUCACUGACUGAAAGCCAACGAGAAGAGACCCAGCCCCUCUGCAAAAGCAGUCGAGAGAGAGAGUCGCGUCCGGGUUUCCACUUCUCUGCCGAUUACUUUGAUAGCGGGACAGCAAACGGACUAAAUCUGGAAUGGCUCGUCGUAUUUUGGCACACACGUUCUAAAAUGCUCUAUAAGUGCGGGUUGUUAAUGUUACAGUUUAACGCAGGUUUGUUUUCCACCUCCACGGUGCACGGCUACUUCCUGGUGCUACAGAGAGAGGCAGUGCUGAGUUAAAGAGACAGAAAUACUGAUAGAAAUUCAGAUAGAAAAAAAAUACUGAGAGAAGAGAGGGGUUGGAAACGCGAUAGGAACAGUUGACUGGAUUCCCAGAAACUGAAUCCCCCCCUCUCUCUUCUUAUUUAUGUCUAUUUUUUUUAGAUUUCUCCGUUGAAGCGAGUCGUUAUUCUUCGUUUGGUUUGUAAACUAGCAAACGGUUUGGAUGACGGUUGGCUGCGGCUAAAGCGGAAUUGUAACGGGGAACAUAUUCCUCCCUCCGACGGAGAAGCCUCGCUGUGAUUUUUUUUAACCUUUUUUAUUUCACACCAGACUCCUUCUUGUGUCAUUUCAACCCGCAAUAUCAUCCCAGGUUUCAUUUUUAAAAAGAAUAUAUAUAUAUUUUUUAACGAUUCCACAAGGAAGGGUUAGGGCGACGGAAGAUGGGUUGUUUGGGCAACAGCAAGACUGAAGAUCAACGCAUCGACGAAAAGGCACAACGAGAGGCUAAUAAAAAGAUAGAAAAACAGUUGCAAAAGGAAAGACAAGCGUACAAAGCCACACACAGGCUCUUGUUACUGGGUGCGGGAGAGUCCGGAAAAAGCACCAUUGUGAAGCAGAUGAGGAUUCUACACGUCAACGGCUUCAACGCAGAGGAAAAGAAACAGAAAAUCCAAGAUAUUCGGAAAAACGUGAAGGAUGCCAUAGUGACUAUAGUGUCUGCAAUGAGCACUUUAAUACCCCCAGUCCCGCUAGCCAACCCAGAGGACCAAUUCAGAAUCGACUACAUCAAAAGCAUAGCACCCCUCUCUGACUUUGACUAUUCACAGGAGUUCUUUGAUCACGCAAAGAAGCUGUGGGACGACGAAGGAGUGAAAGCAUGCUUUGAGAGGUCCAAUGAAUACCAGCUCAUCGACUGUGCACAAUAUUUCCUGGACAGAAUUGAUUCUGUAAGACAGAGCGACUACACGCCAACAGACCAGGACCUGCUACGCUGCCGAGUGUUAACUUCAGGGAUUUUCGAGACGAGGUUCCAAGUAGAUAAAGUGAACUUUCACAUGUUUGAUGUUGGGGGCCAGAGAGAUGAAAGGAGAAAAUGGAUUCAGUGCUUUAACGACGUCACUGCGAUCAUCUUCGUGGUGGCCAGCAGCAGCUACAACAUGGUAAUAAGGGAAGACAAUAACACCAACAGGCUACGGGAAGCUCUGGACCUCUUCCGCAGUAUUUGGAACAACAGAUGGUUACGCACUAUAUCCGUCAUUUUAUUCCUGAACAAGCAGGACAUGCUGGCUGAGAAAGUACUAGCUGGAAAAUCCAAAAUUGAGGACUACUUCCCUGAAUAUGCUCGCUACACCAUACCAAAUGAAGCAACUCCUGAACCUGGUGAAGACCCGAGAGUGACGAGAGCCAAGUUCUUCAUCCGAGACGAGUUUCUUCGGAUCAGCACUGCGAGCGGCGACGGCAGACACUACUGCUACCCCCACUUCACCUGCGCCGUUGACACAGAGAACAUCCGGCGGGUGUUCAACGACUGCCGGGACAUCAUCCAGAGAAUGCACCUGCGGCAGUACGAACUCUUGUGAUGGGAGACCGACUCCGUCAGCCUUCUGUGUUUUUCUUUUUCUUUUUUUUUUUCUCCACCAUUCUGCAUCCUUGACGAACCUUUCCUCCUCCUCCUCCCUGACUCUUCACCCCACGUCCCCAGAAGAAACCCACCCCGACCGCCCCUCCUGUCGAGGACUAUGAAGUACUACUGAAGUGUGUCAAAUCCUCUUCCUCUUUUUAACUUCUUAGCUUUUUGUACUACUUUUUGUUUUCUCUCUCCGAGAUUUCGUCCCCAUUUCACAGAUGUAAAAGGAAAGCUGGGGAACAAAGUUGAUGUGUGCCGCUUCUUUUUUCUUCUUCUUCUUCUUCUUUUAAUCCUUCCUUUUUGAAUGCCUUCAUUUUUGUCAUUCCACUAAGCCUUGGGCUACCUCCUUUUAUUUUAUUUUUUGCCCCUUUGUGUCCAUUUUUUUUUUUUUUUUUUUUUUUGGCUUCGUCUUUGGACUUGGACUGGUGGGCGAGGACACAUAAAACACACCUGGAGGACCUCAGUGCAGAGGCAGUAUGUGUGUGUAAUGAAGAGAGGGAGGAAUGCCAUGUGAACGAGUGUGUGUUUAACCGCCAUGACCCCUCACCUCCUCUUGUAAUAUUUUUUUUUUUGGCCUGUCAUCCCGCCCUCAGCCUCUCUGACCGCCUUCUUCUCCCCGCGUUGAAGAUUACUGGACGGAGGGGGAACCGAAUGGAUGAAGAGAUAAAUGCACUUUGCAUCAGGUUCCUUAAUAACUUUUGUUUUUUUGUUGUUGUCGGUGUUUUUUUUUUGUUUUUUUUUUGUUUUUUUUUGUUUUUUUCCCCAGAGGAAGCAUACACACAAUGUAGCAUCACAAUAUUUAUUACCCUGUCGCCCUGCUUGCCGAGCUGCAGGGCGGACCGAGCAGCCGAGAAGACGUGUGGAGCGAGAGAUUAAAGAUGGGAGGGGGGCAGAAAUUACGGCGACUUGAAGACGGAUUUAAAUGAAGGAAAAGGGACUGAGCUCUCUGCACCUUAGCCCUAUUGCCUCCACGGACUCGGACCUGCCUCCUUUUUCCACACAAACCAUCCUUUUAGCUUAGAGAUACUGAUGGGGAGGAGGGUGGGUGGGACGGGAGAGAAAAAAAUGUAUUGUUUUUUUUUUGGUUUUGUUUUUUUGGGGGGGUUUUUGUUAACUUGUACACUGUGCAAGGUUGAAUUAUCCUGUACAGACUGUAAAAUGUAAUAUUAUUUUGUACAACUUAAUUGAAAGAAAAACAAAUCUACUUGUAGAUCUUUGUGCCUUGAUUAUGGCUGUACCUGUAAAUGAGCUCAGAUGUAAGUAUGUUUUCAACUGCGCUGUACAGCUUGAUGUCAAACUCUAUCGGCAGCGAAAGACUGCAGGUAGGGGACUUUCUCUGUAGAGUUUAGUUUUUUCUGGUUUAUAAAAAAAAAAGGAAAAAAAAAAGGAAAUGCUGUUUAGUAAGAAAUAAAAAAUAGGGAAAAAAUCCUAAAAACCUGUAUACAUUAUGCAAAUUAACCACUUACCUGCAGUGAAGACCAGAUGUUGCAGCGCCAUGCCUUUUUUUUUUUUUUUUUGUUCUGUUUUUUUUUUUGUUUUCCCUCCUUUUAUUAUAUAUAUUUUUUGAAUUUCACAGCUUUAAACAAACAUUUGAAUUCCAUUGAAAGUGUCCAAAUUGCAACCUGGUGUUGUUUUAAUAGGAACCAACGUUUUUUCGAUAUGAAGUGCGUGCGCGUACGCGUGUGUGUGUGUGAGCGAUCCGUACUGAUGUGCGUGCCUGUGCGCAUGUGUACAUAAAACAAACAUAGACUCACAGACGCAUUGUGUGAGUGAGUGCGCGUGUGUGUGAGAGUGUUGGAGAGCAAGUGUGUUGUGUGUGUAUAAAAUUUUAUAAAUGUAUGUACAUGUAAAUUUAUAGGUCUAUAUAAAUAUAUAUGUACAAUUAUACAUGUUUAAUUAUGUGUGUGCCUAGGUGUACAUACCUAUGUAUGUAUACGGUAAAUAUGUAUACAUACACACAUAGGAAAGCAUGUUUAGAAUGGAGAUGAAUAAAUGAGAGCGUGCAAUAUUAGUAAUUCUUUGGUCCUUUGGAGCCAUACCCGAUGGCACAGGCACUAUGAAUGUGUGAGCAGCACCCAACAAGACGAGCUCUUCUCCUUGUACAAACAGCAUCAGCCUUUUCUUCUGCUACAGUACACGUCUAUCCCCAACAGAGAGUGAACUGACUGGAGGUGCAAAAACCUUGUUUGGCCUGGGAGGAUGAUUAAAUGACAUUUUUAUUUUCUUUAAAUAAAGAGGCACAUUAGAGGACUUUGCUUUAUUUCCA